AUGGCUUCUAUGACUCCGUUGGAGGAUGCCAUGCGCGACAAGAUCGCCCAUGCCUUUACACCCUCUACCCUGAUUAUCCGCAAUGAUUCCCACAAACAUGCGCACCAUGCUGCCAUGGAGGGAUCGACGUCGAAGGAGACGCAUUUCCAUGUGACGAUUGUUUCGGAUUCCUUUGAAUCGAAGAUGCAGCCUGCUAGGCAUCGGAUGGUCUACGCGUUAUUCAAGGAGGAGAUGGCUCGUGAGGGCGGACUUCAUGCGCUGCAGCUGAAGACGAAGACACCGGCUGAGGAACAGCGCGAGAAGGAGAAGGAGAAGGCAUAA